UUUGGGUCAUUUAUUUUAAAAUGUCUGCCGAAAUCGAAACCCCAGAGCGAAUCAAAAGGUUGUUUUCUUCUUUUCUCUCAGGUGAUAGUAGGACAGCAAGUGAAGAUGAAAGGCAGAGAAAAGCUGAGUCUCAUACAAGUGGAACAAAUGCUGAAGAGUUUAAUGUGCCUGAUGCUAGAAACAAGAAACUAUUCCAAGAGCGUGUUGACACAUUUUCACCUUUACAAUGGUUCGCAAAACCACUGGAGUUGUCUCCCUUGGUCUGUGCUCGAUACGGUUGGAAGAAUACGGACACUGAUAUGCUUCAGUGUGUGAACUGUAAAGCCUUCAUUUGUGGUCAGCUUCCGAAGGUAGUAGACACUCAAAAUUAUAGGGAUAGCUGCAAUAAAUUCAAGAAAGAACUGGUAGAUGGUCAUGAAAAGUUGUGUAAAUGGUCCUCAAGUUCGUGUCCAGAAUCAUUUCUGUAUGUAUCGUACCAUGACAGAGAGGAGUUACUGAGCAAUUUCUGGUUUAGAAUGACAUCUCUGCAAUGUGCUAAAAUUCCUACAGUAUCAUUCAAAUCCAUUGAGGAAAAGGGAGUUACAGAAGAAAGGAUGAUGUCUUAUGCCAGAACUAUUGCAUCGCACCAUAGCAAUGAGAUAGUUGCUUCAGAUUCAACCAUUGUAUGUGCUCUUUGUGGCUGGCAUUACAGUGAAUCACAAGUGGAUAUUCUGCAGUGCAAUUUUUGUUGCCGAAAAAUAGGACUCUGGAAUUACCAGUUUGAAAAUACAGAACAAAUGACUCCGUCCGUUGGAUCGGACAGUUUUAAAGAGACCAGAAUAAAUGGGAACAGUUUUACGGAGAAGUCAAAUGGUAUUCAUAAAAAUGACUCAGAAAAUACAAAUGUGGAUCAAAAUACAUGUCAUGUUAAUGGUGAUUCAUCAGGGACAGUGGGAGAACCUAAUGAUAAAAAUACAAACAAAAUGGAUGGGCAGAUAAACAAGAAUAAUGGACAGGACUCGGAGUGUGAUGGACCAGUUAGAAAGAGACCCAGGCUUGAAAAGCAACAAUUUGACCCAGUUUCAGAACACAGAUACUGGUGUCCAUGGCUACAGACUGGUUCUCAAAAUAUUACUUCUGGUGAGAGAUUGGAUAAGGAUACCAGUCCAGCUGGUUCCCCAGUGAAGUCCCAGACCACAACUGAGGAAAGAGAACCAGCAUGGUUGAAGGUCACAAAAAUUCUAUGUAACAGAUUAGAUGAUGGUGAUAAUGACUCAUGUAGGCAGUUGAAAAGGAGUCCACAAGCGGAAGGUUUACGCCAUUUGAGAAAAGUCUUACGCGAAUGCACAUCCCCUACAAAGCCAGAAAAAGAUCUACAGCAAUAGUUUAAGAUUGGAUAAACAUCUUUUGUUAACUUUUUGGCCAACAUUGACUUAAUAGAAACUUUAUU